CGCGCCGUGGCUUCAGUUUGCAAUUGCCCAACCGACCACUUCCUGAAAAAUGCUGCGCUCCGUCACCCGACUGGCCGCGCCGGUUCGCGCCCGCAUGUACACGACCUCGUCGGUUGAAUCCCUCGCUGUGCGAUCGAUGGUGAGUUCGUUCCGUCGCCUGGGGCACUUGGAGGCGCGGUUGGAUCCAUUGGGCCGCGAGGCCCACAUGCCGGUCGAAGAACUCGCGCCGUCGUCGUUUUCUCCACUGUUUGCGAAGCCCAUGCCGUCGGCAGGUGAAGUGUUCUUUCCAAACGCUCCCACGGACAUGAAGGCGCUGUACGACCAAUUGCGCACGACGUACUGCGGGUCGCUAGGCGUCGAGAUGGAGCACCUCAAGCUCAAGAGCGAGCGCGACUGGCUUGCGUCGCAAGUCGAGCAUCCGUCGUUGACAGUCACGCCAAGCAUGGAACGGAACGCGUGGACGAGUAUGCAAACGGCGGAAACGUUUGAACACUUCCUGGCCAAGAAAUUCUCGUCAUUCAAGCGGUAUUCGGGCGAAGGAGCGGAAGCCAUGAUGCCGGCAAUUCAGACCAUUCUGGACACGGCCAGUCAGCACGGCACGUCCGAUGUAGUCAUCGGCAUGCCACAUCGCGGCCGCCUCGCGCUUCUGGUCGGCAUCCUCAAGUACCCCGUGCACCAGCUCCUGCGCAAGGUUCAAGGGUUCACAGACUUCCCUGAGCACAUUCUUGGCCUGGACGAUGUGUCGUCCCACAUUGCCCAGAGCGUCGACAUCAACGGUGUCCACGUGAGUCUGCUGCACAACCCGUCCCACUUGGAGAUCAUCAACCCCGUCACGACGGGCAAAGUCCGCGCCAAGCAGGACAGCGGCAAAGACGCCAUGGCACUGCUGUUGCACGGGGAUGCUGCGUUUUCCGGCCAAGGCUGCGUGCCCGAAGGGCUCAGUUUGAGCCAGCUUCCCUCGUUCAAGACCGACGGCACAGUCCACAUUGUCGUGAACAACCAAGUGGGCUUUACAACGACCAAGCACGACGGCCGCAGCACGACGUACUCGACGGACGUCGCCAAGGGCUUUGACAUCCCCGUUCUGCACGUGAACGGCGAAGACAUCCCUGCCGUCAUCCGUGCCGCGCACAUCGCCACGAAUUUCCGCCACAAGUUCAAGAAGGACAUCGUGAUUGACUUGAUCGUGUAUCGUCGCCACGGCCACAAUGAAGUGGACGAGCCUCGGUUCACUCAACCUGGCAUGUACUCUGCCAUUACGACGCGCCCGAGUUUGCCGGCGCAGUACGGCGCCCACCUCAUCGAACAAAAGCUGCUCACCCCCGCCAAGGUCGACGCCCUCAAGACCAAGUUGAAUGCCCACUUGGAGCAAGAACUCGUCAAGUCCGCCACGUAUGUACCGACGACGGUGGCAGCGUUCGAAGGCAACUGGAAGGGCAUGCGCCAGCCCACGACCGCCGACAUGCAAGCGCCCGUUGACACUGGUGUCGACAAGACAGUCCUACAAGCUAUCGGGAUCGCCUCCGUGACAGUGCCGCCAUCCGUCCCCGUGCACAACCGUCUCGAGCGCACGCACAUUCAAACCCGACUGGCCACGUUGUCCAAAGCAAACGCAUCCGAGAUCAAAGUCGACUGGGCGACGGCGGAAGCGAUGGCAUUUGGAUCGCUGCUCCGUGACGGGCACUCGGUCCGUCUGGCCGGACAAGAUUGCCGUCGCGGGACGUUUAGCCACCGCCACGCCGCGUUCACGGACCAAACGACGGACCAGCACUACUUUCCAUUCCGCCACCUUCCGACCGACCUGAACCCGACAAAUCGUCGAUUCGACGUCGUCAACAGCAACUUGUCCGAGCUUGCCGUCAUGGGGUUUGAGCUCGGGUACUCGUGGGAAGAUCCGCGCGCGUUGGUCGUGUGGGAAGCCCAAUUCGGCGACUUUUUCAAUGGCGCGCAGAUCGUCAUCGACCAAUUCGUGGCGUCGGGAGAGACCAAGUGGAUGCGCCAGUCUGGCCUCGUGCUGCUGCUGCCCCAUGGGUUUGACGGCGCGGGUCCGGACCACUCGAGCGGCAAGCCAGAACGAUUUUUGCAAUUUGUUAACUCACGCGCGUACGAAACGUCGGACAACACACCAGAGCUGGAAUCGAUCAACUUGAGCAUUGUCAACGUGACGACGCCCGCGCAGUACUUUCACGUGCUUCGCCGCCAGCAACUGCGCGACUUUCGCAAACCGCUCGUGGUGUUUGCCCCCAAGACGUUGCUUCGCCUAGCACAAGCCACGUCGACCCUGGACGACAUGGCGCCGGGCACGACGUUCCAUUCCGUCCUUGGCGACGACCACACGUCGAUCCAACCCGCGUCUGUUCGCCGCGUGCUCCUUGUGUCCGGCAAGCUCUACUACGACCUGGUGGCCCAGCGCGCCCAGCACAACCGGGACGACACUGCGAUUGUCCGAGUGGAGGAACUGGCGCCGUUUCCAGCGGAUGCCCUCCAAGCCGAGCUCGCCAAGUACUCGAACGCCAACGACAUUGUGUGGAUCCAAGAAGAACCUGCCAACCAAGGCGCGUGGGCGUAUGUCAAGGUCCACUUGGACAAGCUUGGCAUGUUGGUUCGGUACAUUGGGCGGCCGUCGUUGCCCGCGACGUCCCAAGGACUCGGCAAGGCGAAUGCAAAAGAAGCCCAAGAAUUGAUGCGCCAAGCGUGGGAAAUCUAGAAUCCCGACAACCAAUCCGACACAUGCUAUAGACAAGAUGGAUCCACACUUGAAUGUCGGGGUUUCGAAACCCCGACGCCAUGAUUGAAUUCACAUCCCCCUCUGUGUUCAUCCCGC